CGUAAUGACGUCAUUCUGAACGUGUAGAAGACCCCAGUUGCCUGUGUGCUGUCAGAGCUCCGUAGCUUUAGUGAGCUAACAGUUAGGGAAAAACAAGCUACUUUGCUGAUUUUAAGUAUGGAUAAAAAUGCGACGCGAUAUAAUAUACAGCUUUACAUUUACGACCUGUCGAGGGGGAUGGCUCGGAGCCUCAGCCCCAUCAUGCUAGGGAAGCAACUGGAUGGUAUAUGGCACACGGCUAUAGUGGCAUAUGGUGAUGAGUUCUUCUUUGGAGGGGAGGGGAUCUCCAGCUGUUCACCGGGUGGGACUAUGCUGGGGCCUCCAGACAGUGUGGAGCUGGGUGAGACUGAAGUGUCGGAGGAGAUCUUCAUGGAUUACCUCUCUUCUCUGGGAGAAAGCACAUACAGAGGUGACAGGUAUCGUCUUGAGCACAACUGCAACACUUUCACCAACGAGGUAGCUCAGUUCCUGACAGGCAGGCAUCCCUCAUACAUCACCGACCUUCCAGCUGAAGUCCUCUCCACGUGAGUAAUGAAACUCGGCCAAUUCGGCCAGAUACUGCGACCCAUUCUGGACUCUAUUCACAUUGCCCCUCCGGGAGGUAACGUCAUCAACGGUGGUAGAACAUCUAAUCUGAGAGCAGCAGAGUGUUCUCAAGGUCACUUCCAUUGUAGUCAGUCGGUGACAAAUCUCAAACUUAUUUUCUUUUUAUCUUUCUGUAUAUUAAACACUUACUAGAAAUGAAUGGCUUAUGACUUGUGGCAGGAAAUCACUGCCCAACUCAAAUUAGUCACUUGACAUCAAUUAAAGACGAGGUUAUUUAACUUUUAUGAAAGUAACAUGCAUUUAAUCAGGUAUUAUGCAAGAAGAGAUUUGAAAAACCUGCACAUUAUUUAAAGUUACUUACAUUCUAAACAACCUGAUAGUAUAAAAUACAGCAUAUCUGACAGCUGUAAUAAAGCCAACCUACAACGUUAAAUACCUCUUACACAUUAGUGCAUCAAGCUAACUGAGUAUUUCUGUACUAGAGUACAACAUACUUCUCUGUUUUUAAGUUGAAAAUUAUUUUUUCCGCAUUUUGCUCUUUAGUAAUUAAAUUAGUCUACUUUCACACUCACUUGUAUGCAUAUCUGUAAAUUCAUCAUAUUUGGCUGUCUGUUUUCUGAGAAUCAUCUGCUGCUGACUACAGUGGAUUUAAUUGAGUGUACACGUUGACAUGUUAGUAUUGGAUUCAGAUUGAAGAUAAACCAGAAGAGCCUGGCUGAUUCAUGGAGGGUCUUUUAAUGUCAUUAAUUUUUUCCAUUUUGCACCUUUUAUAUAUUUUUUGUUAUUUUGUAGCUUUUAGUUCAUUUUCCACCAACAUUUUCUGCACCUAUAAUCUUUGUCUCUACUGUUUGUGUUAAACUCAUUUCUAUUUAUGAUCGCCUACUUCUAUUGUAAUUCCAUUUGUCACAGAGUGCAUGAUGCGAUAUAUAUGCAGGUGAUUGAUGCCUAACUGGCACAGAGGCUUUUAAGAUUGGAUGCGAAACAGAACUUGUUCUAAUGUGUGUACUCUAUAGCAGGACUGUGAUCAGUUCACUGUAAAUUCUCUGUAUAUGCAAGCAAACUUAGGCUGUCAUUCGUUAAUAAAUGAUGACAAAUCAAGCAGGGCAGAAUCAAACAUAGGACACACAGUUAUCACCACAUAACCUCCUACACAAUUUUAUGAAA